CCGGUUCCAUUUUCAUUGGAUUGUCUUUCAGUAUGAACUAUUUCCUAAUAUAUGAAUGUGUAAGAGACACAAAUGCUUUUGUAAGCGUCUUCGCAACUUCAACCGCCACUCAGUAACCGGAAAUGACGUCUCCCUGUGUUUAGAAAAUAAGAGUCGCAAUUGUUAUUGUUAGCUUGUUAGCUAGCAGACGAACUGCUGAAAUGGAGAUAUGACUGAGUAAUAACGGCUUAUUACAUAUGCACCACUAAGUUAUAAGCAAACCUAAAGUGAUGGAGGACGGUAACAGGAAUAAUGCAGCUUCCACAUCCAAGAGCCAUGCAGGCUCUCUUCACCUGCAGACGCCCAAAAAUGAGGAUACUUAUGAAAUUGCCAUUCCCUUUGAGGAGAACAACUUUGAGCAGCAGGGAUUUUUCAACCAGAGCGACCAGAACUUUGAAGAACCGGCCUCGACCGCUGGCCCAUCUCCAGUCAGCAACUCGUACAUGGUGAUCACCAACCUGCGGACGCAGCUCCAGAUCUCUAUGGAGAAAAACUCGUGGCUGCAGAAACGAAUCGAGGACCUGGAGGAGGAGAGGGACUUCCUCCGGUGCCAGCUGGACCGCUUCAUCUUUUCCACGAAGAGCCAGGGACUAGAACAGGGCCAGAGUCAGUACAGUAACGGAUAUGAAUCAAGGCGAUUCAACUGGAGGGCAAGAAGAGAGGAAGACCGCCCCACAGAACCACAGAAGACCGACCCACAGCAUUUCCCUCAGCGUCAGUUUAUCCAGCGAAGGCCCGGUCCUCCCACUAUGUUGCCUUCCAAAAAUCACGUCUCCAGUCCGAUAUCCACGCAGCUCUCCACCAUGAACGCUUUGUUCAACGCAACACAAUCACAGGCCCUUUUACAAAGCCACAGUCAUAGCUCUCCAAGUGCAACAGCCGGUGGCGGCAACAGCAAAAACAACAACGCUGCAAGAUCAUCCUUGAAUGAACUGAGUGGACACAAUGGACCAGAUUCCCUCUCCCUGUUGGGAGAGGCUGAUGAGUUCUUGGAUCAGGAUGCCUUCAUCGAGGAGGAUGAAAUGAUCUCAGGGGAAGAUGUAAUGUCAGAGGCAAUUAACACCAACAGGCACCAGUUAAAGAGGAGGCGACUCUUCAGAGCUCCACGGGAGCGACAGAGAGUGAAAGACGCGGCAGGAGUGCUUUUUCGAUAUAAGAAGAUUCUUCUUACGUACCAGCGGCUCAAAAAUAUGUCCAAAGCCUUUCAAAUCCACGGUGUGGACCGCAACACCGUGGCCUCCACCACGCCCAUUGCCGAGCUGCUUCUCGUGGCCCCCGAGAAGGUGGCCGAGGUGGGAGAGUUCGACCCCUCCAAGGAGAAGCUGCUGGACUACGCCCGGCGCUGCUACAUCGCCCUGGACGAAGAGACGCUCAGCAGAGUGCAGGCGUUGAAGAAAAAUAACCUCCUGCUGCCCAUCUCGUACAGGUUCAGGCACUGAGGGGAGGAAGGAAGAUGAAGGGAGAAACUUUAAAACUGAUAGUGGAGGCAAAGUUAGGAGAGGCUCAGCUCCUCUUUAUGUAAACUGCGACUGAAACUUUAUUUAAUAGAAACUUUCCACAUGCUAUUUUUUUUUAACACGGUUUACGUGUAUUUUCAUUUGACAGAUCAUCUCCAAUAUGAUAAUGAUUAACGUCGGAUUAACGUCGAGACAUGGUUCUGCGUCUGCCCCCGUAUCAUUCUGACUUUAGAAAUAAGAAUGCGUAUUUCUACAAUCAUAGAGGACUAAUUACGAUGGAACUGAAAUCGUUUAGUUUGGUCUGUGUUUUACAAAGGCGGAUCUGUUUUGAGGACAGGCCUAAAUAUCAAAUAUUUACAUCGCUUUGUUUGUAUGUAGCUUUGACACCAUUCCUAUAAGUGUACAAACUUCAGUGUUGUUUUUUUUUAUGUGAAGUUAUAAUUAACUUUUUUGGUACACGUAGAACAAACUGUACCCAUUCCAGGAUGUUUAUGUCACUCAUUUUGUUAUUUUACUGCGGUGACAUUUAUCAUAAUUUCUUUAAGCUCCUCUUGUAAGAAACACUCCAUAUUUAAUUCCAGUUCUACAUAUUUAAAGACGAGGAGAAGCGAGGAAAAACAAUCAUUGAAUGAAUGACCAUUGGAAAGAUAUGUAGGUAAGGCCAGAUUUAUUGUUGCACGGGAUACCUUAUGUCAGGCAAGAGAUCACAGCUUUUAACUUUAAAACUAAUUUAGUCUGAGAAAUGUUGGUAAUUUAUGUUAAUUCAUACUAUUAGGAACACCAGUUGCACCUCUGCCAAGUUUCCAUGUUGCGUUACUCUGUUGUUUCUUCAAAGGAUGCCAGUUUUUGUAUAUGACUAAGUUACCGUUAUGUUAUGCUACUAAGUUACCGUAAAUCUAACCUCUUACGCUUCUGAUAGCAGGACUCUUGUAAUUUAUUGUAAAAAUAGCACAUUUUCCACUACCUAACACUAUAAUGGCUUUUUGUAAUGCUGUAGCUUAUGAUUCCUCGUGAAAGAUUUGUGGAAACCGUUAAAGAUCAUCAGCAACAGCAGCUCAAAGAGGACACAUGCGACACAACACACAUGUGGUCUGUGAUACUUCUUCUCCCUGACUUUCAGAGAAACUAAUUGUAAUGUAAUAUGUAAAAUGCAUUUAUUAUGUCGGCGAAGGCAUAUCUUUGGGAUUUUGUUCUACGGUAGAAUAAUUGUGUCAAACUAAAACUAUGUUUAGUCCCUGAUUAAACAGCUCAAGAGCCAUAUAGGAACUACAAAGCAAAGGGCCAUUCCUGCCAGUUCACAGGGUUUUAAGACAUUUUCGCCUGAAAAAGUUUCUUGUAUCAACUUAUUUCACGGCACGAGUGAAAUGGCAGCGAAACAUUUGAAUUCAUACACAAACAAAACAUUUUAUUUUCUGUACAUAUCAAGAACAAACCUCACUAAUGAGUGCCGAUGAUUGAUGAACAGAUACCGUUAAUAGAAGUGCAAUAAAAUAUUUGAUUUUUUUCCCCGA